GUGGGAUAGUUACUGUCGGGAACUCUGCGAUGAUGGACGGGGUGGAAUACAAGGUGCCUGGCUCGCUGCCGACAUGAUGUUAGCAUUUGAUGAUUGGUACAGUACACCAUCGCCACCUGAUCGCCACCAGCGACAUGGCGUCCCUCCUCGCGGCGUUAAACCGAAAGCCAGAGUUCACCACUGAACAAUACUUUGACCACAAGCAACUGUCUCGAGGGUCAUCGACAUACCCAGGGUUGAGUUGGGAGCGCGAGCCCACGUGGAUGGCCGUCCUCCAAGCACACGAGCAUCUCGGCAAUGGAACACCCUCAGAGCUCAUGCGCGCAUGGUGUGUCCGAGUCUUCAAGCCGUUUUGUGCUUGGAGGCUAACCGUCAAUACAGCGGACCAAAAAUGCAUGUUUGGUUACACCAUCGAUCAACCUUUUCGACAAUACAUCGGUGCGCUCACUUCCGCUCUCUGCCAAUAUGACUUUGUUGACAUGAUAACCGAACGCCAUCACGCACUCUCGGAAUCCGAUGAGCUUCGUGAUAUCUAUGUGAUUGAGGAAGGAACGGUAGUCAGGGCUGUCAAUGCGGGCCUCACGGGGGACAACCUGAGCAAAAUCAUACACUAUUAUACGGAGGUGUGCGGAAAACGACUGGGGUCAUCCAGUACGGGACGCUAUGCGCAAGCUCCGCCUCGAAGUCUCGGAUUAGUAUAUCGCGGCCCCGGCGGUUUAAAGGCUCGGCGGUCGGUCAAAACACGGCGCAAGUACUUUUAGAGGACGAGCCGACUGUUGGAGUUUGAGCCUAUGUCGAGGAGGACCGAGCAACUUCCUGUGGACCUCGGAGCUGGAAUACGAGGCGGAGGAUGUGUUCUUCGGAAUGCAAUGGUCGAGGGCGUAUUCUGUGGUUGUCGGCUAGUGGGCGGGAGGGCGGAGGGAGACAUCGCUCAUACCCUUGUGCUGUCAACCGUGAAGAUCAUGGUGUGA